AUGGGCAAGUAUGGUUGAUAUUGUAUGAUGCUUUAGUAUGUCCCAAAUGACCUUAAAAGGCUGGCUAAUUCUUUUUGGGUUGGCUACAAAAAUCACAAACAUUAUUCCACUGAAUGUCAAAUAUAUAAGGGCGAAAACCACUAAACCAUCGAAAAGUUUGAAAGCGCACCUUGAAGUAAAGAAUAUUAAUGGAAAAAUAUUAAAUAUAUGUAUCUUAACGUUAUCACUAAUUUAUGCACUCAAAUCAUUCAACACCUUAAUUUCUCUUGAUUCAGUACGAACAUUUACAGCCUUGAGAGGGGUCUUGAUGAAGGUUCGCCCAUAUAUAAGCACGGACUUAUUCCGAAAUGCCCUCAAGGUACAAUUUGUGUCCUUAAAAUAUGAACAGUUCCCUUCACAAUCGAAAUUGCUACACUGGAAAGUGUUCAGAGGUCCCCCAAUGAUGAAUUUAAAUAAAGAUCCUAGCGUCAAAAUGACAUACAAUGGAAUGCCAUAGUUUCCGAGGUCGUGUAAAAUAAAUUUAAAUCUGAUGUGCA